UAUAAACUAUUGUUGCUCAAGUUGAAUGCUUUGACUUUCACCGAUUUUCUAAAAAUGGACGGCAACUCUAUCAGAGCUUCUAAGGCUCUUGUCAAGCAAUAUUCUGAUCAGGCAGUGCAAUCAUUUGAAACCCGACGAAAAAAAAUUUUAAACCUCUUCAUGGAUAAAAAUUGUCCAGACACAGGAUGGUCUGACGAAAAAAUUGAAGUUUUAUUGCACGAAAUUGCAAUGAUGGAUAGCAAUAAUUUCUUUGGAUCAUGCGGUGUUGGUGAACGAGAAGCUAGGUUUGCAUCCAAAAUAGUGGCUCGCCGGCAUUACUACAUGGGCCAUGGCAUCGGAAGAUCUGGAGAUAUUACUGAAAUACAACCAAAAGCAGCAGGAUCAAGUCUGAUAGGACAACUUUCUAAUGAUUUAGUUUUGGAUAUUCUGAAAUCUAUUGGAGUUCCCAGUUUGCAGAAAUGCAUUAUUGUCCCAUUAGCAACUGGUAUGAGCUUGAUGUUAUGUCUUCGUACACUGCAAAGUAAAAGAUCAAGUUCAAAGUAUGUUUUAUGGCCAAGAGUUGAUCAAAAAUCUUGCUUUAAAUGUAUCUUAACUGCUGGAUUAAUUCCUAUUAUUAUUCAAAAUGAAUACGAUUCAGAUGGACUGACAGGAUCUCAUAAAGAAAUUGAGGAAAAAAUAAAAACUCUUGGAUCUGAAAGUAUUGUUUGCAUAUUCAGCACAACAUCUAGUUUUGCCCCCAAGCAGCCCGAUAAUUUAUUAGAAAUCUCUAAGUUAUGUCAAGCUUAUGACAUUCCCCAUUUAGUAAAUAAUGCGUAUGGUAUACAAUGUCGAGCCUACCUUAAAGAUAUUGAGAGAGCCUCUAAAACAAGGCUAGAUUUGUUUGUUUCAAGUACUGAUAAAAAUUUUAUGGUUCCUGUUGGUGGGUCUGUAGUGUGUGGUUUUGAUGGAAAGCUUGUCGAUAGUGUUGGUAAAAUGUAUCCUGGCAGGGGCUCAGGAGCACCUUCAACUGAUAUGUUCAUAACAUUAUUAAAUCUUGGUAAACUUGGUUACAAAAAUUUGCUAGAAAACCGUGAACAAAUGUAUGUUUACUUAAAGAAUGAACUGACAAAACUAGCUGUGGAAUUUGGGGAAACAGUUUUAAAUGCUCCUAAAAAUUGCAUUUCUGUUGCAUUUUCUCUUGGCCAAUUUGAAUCUCUUAAUCGAGCAGCAAUUACUGAAAUAGGUUCAAUGUUAUUUUCAAAGUUUGUUAUGGGAACAAGAGUAGUUGCUCCGGGUGAUGUUAAAACAAUAGGGAGCUAUGAAUUCAAAAAUUGGGGAGCUCAUACUGAUUCUAACUUUAAACCGUAUUUGACAGCUUCCGCAGCAAUUGGCAUCAAGAAAACUGAUAUUGAUGUAUUUAUCAAGCAUCUCAAAAAAGUUUUAACAAAAAUUAGAAAAGAGACAAAUUUCAUAGUUUAGCAUUUUUAAUAAAACUAAAUUUUGAAGUAGGAUAAUUGGACUAUGAUCACCAAAGAAUGUUGCAUUUAUGUUUAGUUAUUAUUUUUCCUUUGUCAAAUAUAGUGGCAAGUACCAAUAGCUGCAAAAACGAAGUGCAGAUCCAGAUGGUAGUCUUGACCCCCUCCCCCCUUUUUUUAAGUAUCAAGGGUGCCUAAAGCUGCAUUUUAGGGAAGAAGAUUUCAAAAAACCUUGCCCCUUAUCCCCCAAAUACUGCACUUUAUGACCCUCUUUUUAGCCAAUGGAUGUCAAUUUGGACAGAUGCAUCCAGUCGGCACUUCUGGCUGGUUGUCAAUAUAUCUUUGUUAUUUAUUUUUUAGAGUAAUUUAGUAUUUGUUUAAAUUUUAUUUAUUUAUUUUCUCACAUUGCAUUAAGUUACAUGUGUAAGUUAAAUUAUUUCAUGUACAUGUAUCAUUUAACAUAUUGCAUUGCAUUCUUUGUUAUAUUUAUAAAAAAUUUCAGUAUGUAUUAGCUAUUAAUUUACAGGCAGAUUCAGUGCAUUGACUGGAUAUCCAUUUCAUCUCAAGCAAAAGCAAUGUUUCUUUUCCAUCAUUGUGUAAUCUAAGAGAUAUAUUGAAUUCAGAGUCAUCAACUCAAGAUAAAGGAAACAUAUUUACAUUUUCCACUGUAGUUUUACAAAUUUUCAUGACAUAAGUUUGGUUGUAGAAGAAAACUCAUGUAGCAUUAAUUUGCCAUGCCGAUCUUUCUGGCCAUGAUAGAACAAUUGUUUUCACUACUUAAAAGAGAAUUAUUUUCUGAAGCAUUUGGUCCUGUGCAUUUUAUCGCCACCAUUUAACUUAAACUUUAUUCUAACUUACAUGAACAUUUUCAUCAGGGCCGGAUUUAAGGGAGGGCAGGCGGGGCUACUGCCCCGGGGCCUCCACAACAAAGAGGCACCCACAGUAAUUUUUUUACAAAAUAUCCUAACUUUCACGGAUCGAAAAUAUCAGAUAUAUACAUAUAUAUCAAAAUAUUCGAAUAUAUAUCAAAAUAUCGGAUAUUUUCGAAAAUAUGAUGAUCUUUUCCAACCCUGAUUAGGGGCCUCCACUCCUUCGUUGCCCCGGGGCCCCCACACUUCCAAAUCCGGCCCUGAUUUUCAUACAGAAUAUUUCUGCCUUUUACCUCCCAUAAUCUCACAAUAUAGAUUGGGGCAAAACAAUAAGCUUACUUUAGGUCUUUUUGUGUCAAUGUUAAGUGAGUAGAAACUUGUUUAUUCCAAAAAAUAUGGUUAGUCCAGGUUGUGAAAUGAUAUUGAUUUGUUUAGUGAAAAACUACACCUGAUUAGUUGAUUGAACGGCAUUACUUGAGCUUAUCAGUGAGGCACAGUGGAGCAGAGCAUAAAUGUGAUAAAAAGUGCAAUAAGUUUAAGGUAAACCUUUGAAAGCAAGGAACAAUUAUAAGGAUUGAUGGAAAAAUCCAAUGUUUGAGGAGGAAUUCAGAUGAAUAUGAACUUCCUAAUCAAAAAAAAAACAAAGGCAGAAUAAGUAAACAAACACAAUUUUCCUGGAAAAAGGUUUGCAAGUAAAUAAGCUUUAUUUAGGAAUAUUUUAUAAGAUCAAAGCUGGGACCAUGGCACAUAAUUUUUUGAAUGGUGCAUAAAAGAUGAAAUUAAAUAGACUAUACAUCAUGAGUUGAGUCAUAAAAAGAGAUUAAAAAAAAAAAAAAAAAGAUUUAUCACAUUAUUAAAAUGUCAAGUACAUAUUAUCAAUUUUUAAAUAUUUUCCCUAAAUUCCAUCUUGAAUCCAGCAAGUUCUUACAAUGUUAUGGUUGGGACUGCCAAUCCCCUCACAAGACAUUAUUUAUGAAACAUUAAUAACUUAUAUUCAGUCUGUAGUUCUGUGAAACUCUGUAAAUCUACUUUUCAACUUGUUUGAAAUUAUAUUUUGUGAUGAAGAAGAUUUAAUCUUCAGUUUUGUAAAGCAUAACAUAUUUUAAUAAAAUGUUUUGUAUAAAA